AAGCCGACCGAUUACUAAUCUUGCCGUUUCAAUAAUGAAACGCAAGUUUUCACAUCCUUCAACGAGGACGCUUAGUCAACACAAAAUUUCAAAAAUUCACAUCACAAAUAGAGCCGUAAGGCUAAUAUACGGUGUAAUAAGUUCGCCUAUCAGCGAAAAUCACCGUAAAAAUAAUUUCAGUUGAAAACAAAAAAAAAAUUUUUUUUUGUCCCCUUUAUGAAUAUAAAUUAUUGCCUAAGUUUUAGCUGUCGGCAACCAUAUCGCGGCUGCUGGUUUUCGGCGUGUUCGCAUCGAUUUCGUCGAAUAACUCGGUUACGGCUAGGCCGAUUUGGAUAAGUACUGGGGCUAGUAGGUAAGCGACCAUGGGGAGUUUAAUGGUACAGGCCAUUUUGGUGCCGCACUCAAGUGUGGCACCGAAACGGCCAGUUCGAAGAACCCGUUAGACUCAAAAUAUCCGAUCCGUACUCAAAUGGUUUUUUGAGUGUAACUUUUUUUUGGAGGGUCGUAGCGGGAUGGGACCUGGGGGGUAUUAUAGAGUAAAUUAAUGCGCGUUUUAUGAUGUUUGUUUGGUGGGGGUCAAUUGAGUCUGGGGGUGGGAUAUUUGAGUCUGAGGCGGGAAAAUGAUUAUAUCUGAAAAUUCUUUGCUAGGGAAUGACUUUGGGGGUGUUGGGUUAUUUGUAGGGGAG